AUGACGGUGCCACAACCAGCAGCGAUCGCGUUGGUGCUGCUGGCAAUGCUCGUCGCACCACCACCAGUUCACGCCGUCACGUACUCGAACAACUUUGACCAACCUCUCAGCUACAAUUGCCCCAGUGGCCAAGGCAUCAGCCAGAUCUACAGCUACCACGACAAUGGAAAAGAGGAUCGCCGCUGGGGGUUUGAGUGCACCUCGUAUGGGGCUGGUGCCUCGAGUGUAACCACAACCACAAAUUACCUCAACAACUUUGACCAACCCGUGGACUAUCUCUGCAACACAAACCAAUUUCUCGACGGUGUUUACAGCUACCACGAUAACGGCCCAGAGGACCGCAGGUGGAAGUUCAGGUGCCGCGGAGUUAUUGGCGCAAAGCUCACCGGCUGCGCAAAGACGUCGUAUCAGAACAACUACGACCAACCAAUCAGUUUCACCGUUCGCGACGGCUACGCCAUUGGUGGUCUGGCAAGCGUGCACGACAACGGCCCAGAGGACCGUGUGUGGCAAGUGUAUCAAUGUCAGAUUGACUGUGACUCUGACAACGGCUACGUGAGCAGCGGCACGUUUGGCUGCGAAAAGGUGAGCUGCGGUGCGCUAUCGCUGACCAAUGGCGAGACCAGCGGCGACUGCAGCGGAAACUUUGGUGACAAGUGCACGUACAAGUCGUGCAACGCCGGUUAUGAGCUGUCGUCCUCGGGCAGCUUUGGUGCUCGCGAGUGCCGCGUGAUUGGCGGAAAGGGCUCGUGGUCCGGCUCCCCGCGCACGUGCGAUGACAUCAACGAGUGUACCUCUGGCACCCAUGACUGCGUCUCCCCCGCCAAGUGUGUAAACGACGCUGGCACGUUCCAUUGUGACUGUCCUUAUGGUGCCCUGGACGCCACCGGCAAGAAAUGCGAUGUUGGUGGCCCGUCCGCCACCAUAACCGCCAGUGCGCUUGAAAUCAGCAUGGCCAUAUCGGGUGCAACAGCGUUCCCAAAAUACGAGCUCUCAAUCGGGCAGUGGGCCUUUGACCUGUCCCAGACCACCAUCCUGCCAGACUAUCCAGUCACCCUCAACGGUCCCCUCACAUCCCGCUCCUUCACAAACCUCAACCCAGGGCGACGAUUCCAGAUCAUGAUCACGCCCAUUGACAAUGACGGCAACAAGGUUCCGGCGUCACAGUACGUCGGUGGUGAUUCGUCUGGCGACAUCUCCACCUACUGCGGCUGCACGACAGCGGACACAACGGGCGCGCCAACCGAGCUGUCCCUAACGCAAUCCUACGGCAAGGUGCUCUUCGCAUGGACAGACCAGAGCUACUGCGAGUCUGGCUUCAGCUUCAACCGCAAUGGCGUGGGCCUCUCUGCCAACUACGAUGUCACCUCGGAGAAGGAGUGCGGUGGUGAGCACAAGCCAACCAAUGUCUACGAUGAUCUUGCUCUGCAAAAGGAUGAUGUGUAUUCAUCCAUCGACGACAACAUGUUCUACGCGCUGCCCGAGGGCUCCAUCUUUGUUCCCGUCACACUUCCAGCCGGCACCCGCUAUGCAUACCCCGCCGAGCUCAUCGAAGGUGUGUCAGCUGUGACAACGCACACGACAACAACAGCAGCAGAAGCAGUGACCACCUCGACCACAGACGGGAACCUUGACGUCACAACAUCCGCCCAUUCUUGGACAACACCAGUUGUUGGAGGAACGACGCUCGGCGAAAACUACUUUACGCCACCAGCCAACACCGUUCCCACGACAACCACCACACCGCCAGGUGACAGCGACCAAGAAGCCGCAACAACCACCACCCCUGCAAAUGCCCUGGAGACAGAGUACCUCACAGGCACGUCCACGGUCGUGUUCACUGCGCGCGAGUGUGCUGAUCUGUGCAUCGAGCGGGCAGAGUGGUGCAUCGCCAUCACGGUGCAGGAGCGCACGGACGGUCAACUGGUGUGCCACCAGCUGCGCCUCAUCCGCUACACGGGCAUGUCCCAGGACGACGUGUCUGUGCAGACGCUGCGCCGUGUCGAUAUCACAGGCACGGGUGUUGAGGGCUCCUACAUCUUCCAGGGGUCCAAGAGCGAUUGCGAAACCGCGUGCUCCAAGACAGAGGAUUGCGUCAUGACGAUCCUUGACAAGCAGUUUUGCGCAACUGCUAACACGCGUGUGGCCACGAUGGUCAACCCCAACACGUACGACCAAGACCUGGUCCCCGAGUACUACCGGCGUUACGUCGGCACAGCGCCAGGCCAGCAGCUGAAGUAUUGCGUGCUGGCCACCAACCCCAUUGACUACUCUGCAAGCGGAUACAGCUCAAAGGAGACGUGCGAGUACCUCACGGUGCAGUGGGAGGCUGCUGUUCGGGGCCAAGUCACAAUUGACUCUGAGGAAAUUCACCUGCCUGUGGAUGGCGUCACCAUCGAGUAUGAAAUCGGUGAUGUGAAGGGCACGCGCACAACGGACGCUGACGGCUUCUUUGAAAUCCACGUCGAGACAAACAAGAUCACCCGAUCCCACGCAACCGUGACGCUUCGCUUCUUCAAGUCAACUGGUAGUAUCCAGCACACCUUCUCUUGCGGCGGCAUGCCCUGUACGGAGACCAAGCUCAUUGUUGAACACCUUCGUUUCGACCACCAAGUUGACAUCCGUGACACGACUUCCAUGCCCUUCUCGGGUCGCGUGACCAUCAAGGGUACAGAGCACCCUGGCUUCCCAGCAGGCUGCCCGCUCAAGGACGUGGAGGUGUGCCUGUACGACCGCAACCAGGGCGACUACGUUGUUGGCUGCGCCAUCACGGACGCCAAAGGUUACUACACAGCACAGGCGGUAUUGGGCGCCUCUGUCGGCGUGCGCCUCUCGUUUGGUAACUCCUCGCACACCUUUGAGCGCGCUGCAUACACGGACAACACGCCUAACGCACCCAGUGGGUUCUUCAUCCGUCAAGACCCCGUGACAAGCAGAGACGUCAAGACCCCCUACUAUGACAUCACCGAGGAGAAGCUGUGGGAACGCAUCAACUUCCAGGACAUCACCACCAACGAGGCGACAGUGGAUGUGGCGGGCGGCAAGUGCAACCUGGUGCUGGGGCGCACCACCCUUGAGUUCCGGUACGACAGCUGCCCAACGUGGGUGCGAACAGAGCACACGACGCAGCGCAUCUCCAAGUGGACGCUGCCUGCACACCGCAUUGCCGUGCGGUUUCAACGGCUCGUGCGCGACGGAAACGUGCGUGAGGAGAUUACGCGGUACUUCUCUGCUGCGAUUGAUGACUCGCGCUCGCUGUAUGUUGAGCUGCAGGACCCAAAGAACACGAACCAGACACUGAAGACCGCCCGGUUUGAGUACCACCCGCCGCCGCAGCUGGGCAUCAGGUUCACAGGGGAGGUGAAGAACAACUGCACGUACAGCGACCACACCCCAUACCACGUCAUCAAGCAGAACACGCAGUCGCAGGUCACCAUCACCGUGACAGAGUACUAUGGUGCUGGCGUGGGCACGUGCGACAUUGUGCCCGGCGAAGUUGUGAUCACCAACCAUCUUGGCGAGUCCCCAGACACUGUCGCUGCGCUCAACGGAUCGUCGUCACUCACCAACACGCAGCUCAACCUCUUGAAAGAGUGCUACUACCCGUGCACAAGGCACGUCAUCAUGGACACCACGUCCACGGCAAAGGGUGACGUGCUUUCCAACUCGCGCGUGGAGCUGGUUGUGCUCACGGGAUCGCCGGAACUCAACGCACAGGUCCUGGACAGCGAGCACCCGUACACCAAGCUCUUCAGCGCCACCAUGCACAACAAGCCAUACGACCCCGUCACGGACGUGGUGCGCGUUGUCGUGACGGGUGACGUUGCGCUGAAGCCACUGGCAUCCAUCCCCUUCCCGCGCUACAAACCGCUGUUGGUGGUGCAGGACCCGCCUGGUGGCCUGUCCUCUGCUGCGUACUCCAAUGUGUACGCCAACUACAAGAUGGAGAGCGACACGUACGACGAGUAUGGUGGGUUCUUCCUUGGGCUUGAAGUGACGCCCUUCAAGGUGGACGCCACACUCGACUUGUGUGUGGGUCUCGGUGCUGCCAACUGCAUCAACCUCGUCACAGCAAAGUCCUCGCCAGUCACCAUCAUGGCCGAGACAACGAACCUGUUUGGCACCAAGGAUGCGGAUGACAACGAGGAGACGGGGAAGGUGUGGUCGUUUGAGAUUGAUGUGGCCACGAGCGAGGCUGCGGUGCUGGCUGGUGAGCGCUCCGACAUGUUCCUUGUGCCGGCUCUCAACGUGGUGUUCCUGGACACGUACACCAUCUCCUUCGACAAGGCCACGUGCGGCGCGUCAAAGUCGAAGCGAACCAAGUGGUCGCUGGCGUCCAAGGAGAACAGGGAGGUCAUGUCCUGGCUGUCGGCAUACGAGAUUGAGACGAAGGAGCUGCCAGACCUGCGUGCACGCCUGGCCAACACGGCCAACAACGACACGGCCGAGCAGAAGGCGGAGCUGCGCAACGCAAUCACGGCCUGGGAGAACAACCUCAAGCGCAACAAGGACGUGCGGGCGAUGGCUGGUGCAGGCUCGCUCAAGUCUGUGCAGUCGCUGUGGGCGACAGAUGACUUUGAUCACGCCGACGCAGACAACAUUGACGGGGGAAUGGGCAAGGGUAUUGCGCUUGCACCGCACAAGCUCAUUGAGCAGGCGAAACAGCUCUCUGGUGCGACAGCAACGGAGCAGCAGCAGACUUCUCUCAAGGCCAUCAACACGAUCAAGUUUUCCGGAGGCGGGUCAACCUACACGUUUGCAUACGACACAAGCUUGGACAAGUCUGCGACGUCCGGCACCAUGCGGGAACACGAAUUCAAAGGUGGCGCUGCUAUUUCACACGAGUUCACGGGCUCUGGUAUUGGCACCGAGUUCAAGAUCACUCCCCUUGGCAUUGGCAAGUGGGAGGCAUCCUCCGAAGACCAGGAGGGCUAUCAGCUCGAGGAGCACGUCGAAUUCACGCUUGGAGACGAUGACCCGUUUGAUGUGUUCGACGUGGAAGUGUUCAAGCACCCCGACUUCAACACGCUCGUGUUCCACACGGCCUCUGGCCAGUCGUCAUGCCCACACGAGGAAAACACGCUUGAGCUUGAAAAGCCAGGCAUCUCCGUGCUCGAAGCGCCAUCUGCACCCGUACUGCCUGACGAACCGGCCGUGUUCCGCCUGCUGCUGAGCAAUGACGGCGACUACACGACGUACAUGCAGUUGUACGCCGUCAACGGCCAAAACCAGGACGGCCUGGAGAUUAGCGUUGACGGGCGCUCGCUCGUGGCACCCAUCGACUACGUUGGCUUUGCGCCUGGCGCGACGCAGAUCACCGUGAUUAUGAGGCGCGGGCCCAAGGUGUUCAAGUACGACCCGGUAGACCUCUGGUUCUCAUCGCUGUGCGAGCAGGAACGGCUGGCAGACACGGGCUACCUGAGCGACGAGGCCGUGGCCCAGAAGCGCGUGACACUGCAAGUGGAGUUCCUGCAGCCGUGUUCACCGGUACAGCUGGUCGGCGCCAUUGGCGAGGCGGGCACGUUUGUAGUCAACGCUGCGACGGACCAAGCAACUUCGGGCACCACAGACGAGACGAACCUACACCCUGGUGAGCUGCGCCUGGUGGCAUUCAACCCGGACCACUCGAAACGCACGUGGCAGGAGGAUGAUCGCCUCAAAGGCGUCAUUGUUGAGUACAAGCGGCACAUUGACGGCGACACGGCGUGGAUGCCUGCCCGCGACAAAUCAGGCAACACGCUUGAGAUCAGCGGCCAGGCCAACGAGUACGGCUAUGUGACGGUGUGGUGGGACGUGAGCGGGUUGCUGGAGGGAGAGCAUGACCUUCGCAUCAGGGCGCGCUGCGAAAAGUCCAUCAACCAGGUGCCGGAUGGCAUUGAUGAGCAGUACUCGCAGGUGGCGUUUGGGGUGGUGGACAGGACACCACCGCGCGUGCUGGGCACCCCUGAGCCCGCAGACGGCGAGUACAAGCCUGGUGACAUGAUUUCGUUUGAGUUUGAUGAGGCCAUCCAGUGCUCCAAGCCGUUCCAGUUUGAGGUGCGCAUGGAGGUUGACGGCUUGGACCGCGUGUUUGACAACAGCAACAUGGUGAUUGUGUGCGAGGGCCGCAAAAUCGCCAUGUCGCUUCGCCGCGGGUUCACCUGGGACGACGUCAACGCAAAAUCUGCACAGCUCGCACUGGGCAUGGUCACCGACAAGUACGGCAACGCGGUGCAGCAGAACAUCAUGUUGUUCUUCACCUUUGCCACGCUGUCCCUGCACGACGCCACCGCACACGUGUCCGGCCUGAAGCUGAAGACGGCGUUUGACCGCGCCUUCUACAACACGUCGUCGCCUCUGUACAAGGCAACGGCAAACAAGGUGCGCAGCGACAUUGCGCACGCACUUGGCAUCAACCCCUCCCGCGUCAUGGUGGUUGGCCUGUCGCCCGUGGACAGCAUUGAGUUUGACCGCGGCACGCACGUCGACAUCAACUUCCUCCCCGCGUCGGCCAACACUUCAUUCCCCGCAGGUGCACCGGCUCUCAAUGCGCGGCGAAGAGAGACAACGGCAAUAGAGCAGACACCUUCAGCACUGGCCACGAUGCUUGAGAUGGUGGUUGCUCGCCCUGAUGCUGCUGGUCUGGAGGAGAGUAAUGUGCUGCUGCAGCUGACGGCUGACUCACGCGUGGACACGGAGCUCACAGCAGCAGCCAUGUACAACACCACCACCACGCCGUUUUCCGUCACCUUUGAAGGGUCCACGUCCUCCGACACGCCCCACGAGAUCAAAGUUCCAGUUUACUUUACUCUGGCGCUGCUGUUUGUGAUCCUGGGCGUGCAGGUUGUCACGUGCCUCCGUGUUGGUGGCGGUACGGGCCGAAGGUCCUACAAGAUGCCGGGGUCCUUCCGCGUGUCGCCGGAGCAUCGUCCCAUGUCUCAUAUGAGCGGACUCAGCGCAGCCACCACACUUGAGGAGAGGGGUACACAUGUUCAUGAGACGGCGGUGGAUGUCGACCCCCACGCCGAUCAUCCUGGCAGCAGCUUUGAAGAGAAUCCACGUUCCCUCGGCACCACAAAUGCCUGA